GUGAAAAUAAAGUUCAGGUAAAAUGUUUGGAUGAGGUAAAUAAAUAAGGUAAAUAAAUAAGGUAAAACAAAUAUAAAGUCAAAAGUUGAGUUAAAAAACAACAACCACAAAAUAAAUAAUUUAAUAAAACUUGGUCGCGUGCAUGGGGCGUGGCAGGUGAAUGGCGUCAUCAGUGUCUGGGUAAAAGAAAACCUGUACAUUCGCCCUGAAAUGACCACCCAGUCAAAUGCCCACAUACUGUAGGCACAUAGGGGUGAAUGCAGCUCUACUGAGACUCGAUCCUGAUAGAUUUCAUGUCCAUCACUGAGCUGAGCGAAUCACAGACAGAUGGCCCUCCUCCUCUUUCCAGCUGCAGACAGACAGCAUGCCCACGACGCGCUCUCCUCCAUCCAAAGCAUGCACACUGCUGCUAUAGCCGUCACGCUGCAGGACACAAGCGGUGCUCCAGAGUGCACUGAACAUCCCAGCGCAACAUUACUCCCUCCGUCCGAUCUGCCCGGUCAUAACCGAUACAUAUAGCCGGAAUAACCGGAUGUUUGCAAUGCGCCUUCUUCAUCUUUCAGCUCUUCUGGUGAUGGUGCAGGCUGCAAGAACCUACCGGCAUUUGCUGCCUGGAUCCUGCAGCUUUGAGAGUGACACUUGUGGCUACACUUCGGAUCCGAUGCAUGGUACCUGGAUUGUAAAUGAAGAAGGUCGCUUCAUAAAUGCAGAGUCCUCACUGAUGACUGGGACUGACAGAGCUAUUUUGAUGAGCCCUGAACUUGAAAUAUUUGAAUGGAGCUGUUUACGUCUAGUGUACCAGAUCGCCGGCACAGGCUCACUUCAGGUUCACUUGCGUCCUGAUGGCGAAAACUUUGACCACCUGCUAUGGACGAUGAGCAAACCCUCGGACAGUUGGUUAAUAGCCAGUGUGGAUCUCCGCAAUCUUUCCAGAGCCUACCAGAUUGUAAUGGAUGCCAGGCCCAACAAAGGGUCAGGAAACAGCAUUGCUAUCUUUGAAAUUCAUAUCAUACCUGGUUACUGUAUAGAUUGUAACUUUGAGGAAGAACAUUUAUGUGGCUAUCAAAACCAGUGGAACCCCAAUGUAAACUGGUUAUUGGGAGGAAGCCUCACUCGAGACUUUCAAUCCAAAUCUCCAAUCGACAACACCAUGACCAAAGACAGAGGUCGCUACAUGUAUGUCAGCUCACUUUAUACCAAAAGAUUCCAAGAGGUGGCAAAACUUGUGUCACCAAUGAUCACUAUUCCCAUGUCCGGCUGUUUGUCCUUCUACUACAAGAGGAACCAAUCUAUGGGAAACAUCUUCUCAGUUUUCACCAGAGACCAGCUGGGCCACUACGAAGAGAUCUGGAGGCCAGAUGUGUAUGCCACGUCCAACUGGAGACAAGUGCAGGUGGACAUAAAAGUACACCAUCCUUCAGAGGUGGUGUAUGAGGUAGCGUUCAACAGUCCUAGCGGUGGCAGUGUAGCUGUGGAUGACAUCUCCUUUACCCCUGAGUUCUGCCACAGCACAACACAGCCCACCUUUGACCCCUCUGUGGCUAACUGUGAUUUUGAGAAGAAUCUGUGUCAGUACUAUCAGGAGCAAUUUGGAGGCACUGUUUGGAACAGAGUGUCUGUAAAACCAAAUGUCUACAGGACCGGAGACCACACGAAUGGCGAGGGCUGGUUCCUCCUGGCCAACACUCGUUUCAGAUCCCGCAUGGGUUACAUGAGCCGCCUGCAUGGGCCCUUCCUGCCAGGGAAUCACAAAUAUUGUCUCCGGUUCUAUUAUGCACUUCACGGCUUACGAAGAGUCGACAACAGCCUGGCUCUGUAUGUUUAUGAUGAGCAGGAUGUAGCCCAGGCUAAGAUCUGGACAGUGUCUGAGAGCUCCAGAGACGUGUGGACGGAGGUGGACGUUACAUAUCAGAGGCCAAUGCCAACUAAGAUCGUGUUCGUCAGUAUCUGCCGAAACUUCUGGGACUGUGGGCUUGUAGCUCUGGAUGACAUCAAGGUCACUCUUGGGGACUGUAGCCUCACAGCAGGUCCCUCGAGGCCGCCAGCAGGACACUGUUACUUUGAGACAGGAGACUGUGGAUAUACUCAGGAAAAAAAAAGUAAGAAAGAACACUGGUUACGGAAUAGGGGACCAACACCUACAUCCUACACAGGGCCCAAAGGGGACCAUACCUUAGGGGUAGGUUACUACAUGUAUAUUGAGGCAUCCCAUAUGUUGCCUGGACACUCAGCACGGUUGGUGACGCUGGAGCUUCGGGGUUCGUUCAGGACACAGUGUGUAACCUUCUAUUAUCACAUGUAUGGUACGGGUAUGGGUGUUCUCAACGUCCUGCUGCGACAGAAGGAUAAAGUCAAAGAGACACUGCUCUGGAGCCGACAAGGAGAGCAGAGUAUCUCCUGGAUGAAGGCUACUGUGGAUUAUGACUGCUUUACCAAACACAAUAUUAUAUUUGAAGCCAUCAGAGGCCCUUCACUAAGAAGUGACAUUGCUAUCGAUGAUAUUGUUUUCCAAACAGGACCAUGCGAAGAUCUCGGAGACAGCUUUUCCUACUCAGGCUUUUCUGAGGACUUCAAUGAGAUUGAGUACUGAGCAAGGCACUGGAAGAGUUUGCGUCUAGUUGUGUGUUGCUUUGCACGACCAAACUGAGAGACACAUAUCUUUGGUCUUCUUAGUGGAACAUGUUAAUUUACAUGAUGGUCUUUUUAUUUUAUUUUAUUUUUAUUUUUAUUUUUACAGAUUUUACAAGGACAGCUCGGGAACUGUUCUUUUAUACAACUAGCUUAUGCUUUUUGUAUUAUAAAGGAGCAGUAUGUAACUUUUCUAGGCUUCUGCUUGCCUGCAAGGAAGAUUGCAUCUGAAAUUAAAAACACUGACAAACCCUUAUCCUUGCUGUUUAAACUAUAUAUGCCUUAUUAGCUGCAUUUUAAGGCUAAAGGAAAGGAGCUAUUUCAGAAACGUAUUUCUUGGCAUUAGUGUGGAUAGGUUUUUAGAAGGAGAUCAUUAUUAGAUAUAGAAACACUUUCAUAUAUCACAGACUGCACCUUUGAUAGGUUUUCUUUAUUGACAUCACCCAGCAUUUUACCUUUAUUAUUAUUAUUAUUAUUAUUAUGUUUUACUGGUGUUGCUGAAAUGAAAGUUUAAUUAUGUUUGAAUAUUAUAAACACUCAAAGAGCAAUAGUACUAAAUAUUUUUUUGAUGCUGUGUAUUUAUGGCGAAAAAAAUAUAUUCUAAUGUAUUGUAUUGCUUGUAUGGUCACUGAUGUUUUGUCAUACCCUGUCAGGUUUUUUUUAUUUUAUUUUUAUCAGAAAAUCAAACAUCAAAAAUUUGUACCAUUUCGAUAAUAUAUAAGUAUGUUUUUAUGGUAUUAUAUUAAAUAAAUAAACACUGUUUGAUAUGAAAA